GGCACCCUGGGAUCACCUCAAGAAAGCCCCGAAUGCCAGGCGCCAGCCACACCAGCAGCCUGCACAGUGCUGGGAGACGUGGGCAGCUGCUAGGGUCGAGGGCCUCUGUGGGACCCCCGACCUUUUCCCCCGCAAGCUGUAGUACCUGCUGAAUGCAUUUCAAACCCCCUGCUUCCCUACUGUCAGGGCCCCAGCUGUGGCUUCUCCACCUGGCGGGUGGACCCCACAGCUCUUCUCUCUGGAAAUUUCCUUUGGGAGGGUUUGGAAAGACGGCCAGCUCCUCCCUGCCCCCGCUGCCCCUGCACCUCCUCAGGCCUCAGCGGGAGCCCCACUGUCCACACCCGGGCUUUUCUUGUGACCAGGGUAAAUAUUACCUGGCACUGUUAAUGUUUAAUGCCCCCACCCCAUCUCUGGCCACCCCACAGCCGGGCAGUCUCCCCAAAGCAGAGGCAGCGGGAAGAGGGCAGCAGGGACGGGCCUGGUCUGUGGGGGAAAUGGCAGAGUUGACAGAUGACGGUGGCAGCCCCAAGGAGAACGAGGACCCAUUCUACUACGACUACGAGACCGUCCGCAAUGGGGGCCUGAUCUUCGCUGCCCUGGCCUUCAUCGUGGGGCUCGUCAUCAUCCUCAGCAAAAGAUUCCGCUGCGGGGCCAAGAAGAAGCACCGGCAAAUUCCUGAAGAUGGGCUGUAAGGAGAGAGCCAGCCGUGCCCACCCUUGCACCAGGGCUGCUUAGAAGUCUUCCCUGAGCUGUAGACCUCUGUUCCAGCACUGCCAAGCCCUCUGCUGAAGGAAGCUUCGGGCUCCACGUGACCCCUGGGUGGGCUUCACCUCCUUCUGCCCCGUGUUAAUAAUAAAGCCGGCCUCGGAGACGGCUCCUUCCCUGGCCUCCUCCCUCA